GGAGCCACCGUGCUCCCCUUUUCAGAGCAAAAGAUGGCCCCUUUGACAGGACAAGCCAUCUUUGCUGAUCCCUAGCGCUUUCUUUAUUCGCGGUGUGGGGGAGUGCUGGAUCUGUAGGGCUGUAUGAUUGCGGUUAGUGGGAGGUUGGGCAGGAUCGGCGGUUUAUUAAGGCCAUUGGAGUCAGACAUCAACCGACUUUUUCAGUUUGGGGGGGAUGAACUCUGCAAGUGUGGGUGUACAGUGCGCAUAAGGUUGUGAGCUGAGAAGUCUCGCUGUGUUGGAGGGUGGACGGGGCUGGAGGUUAUUUUGUUGAUUUCGUUUUGGUAUUAGGUUUUUGUUUUCUUUUUUGCUCAUGGACUUUAUUAAUUUCUGUUCUUGUAUGUCAACUUAUUGUAUCUUUAUUCUUCUGUGCAGGUUUUUCUGAAUCGAAGGUUGCAUUUCAAUUAUCCAGUGCAGUGCCAAGCUUGAAUCUCUGAUUAAAUUGUGCUUGUAGAAGAUCUUUUGUACUCUGCAGGCUGAUUCAGUGUAUAAUUUGGUCUGUGAGAUACAAUGGCUACAGAGGCAUUGCCUCAAGCACCCCCAGCAGUCCCUGACAUUCAAACGCUGAAGCUGCAUUCUCAGAUUGGUUCCUCUUUGGAGGCUGCUAGGCUGAAUAAACCCAGCACAUCGGUGCCAAGAAAGCUGCCUGAACUAGAUAACUUGAGCAAACCAAGUUCUGAAGUGGAGUCCAAGGAGCAGAAACCAGACCACCUUCCAAAUGAGUCAGUUGAUCGUACUACUUCAAACAAGAUUUCUGCAGAGCUCAUCCAAGACAAAAUGGUUUCAGUGUGCCCUGUGGAUGAAGAGAAGAAAAUUGUGGACCAUGAUAAUACAGGGAGAAGCUUGAAAUUAUCUUCGAUAUUGGAUAAAGAGUGUAGUCUAACAAAGGAAAAUGAAAGUGGCAGGCUGAUCAAAAGAUCUGAGACAGGAGAAAGAGGAACCAGUAGCAGAUACAGGCCAAGCAAUAGCAGUGAUAUCAGUGAUGAGAGCUCGUGUAGCAGCAUCAGUAGCAUCACUAAGCCUCAUAAGGCAAAUGAUUCACGCUGGGAGGCAAUUCAGAUGAUCAGAACCAGAGAUGGGAUCCUUGGGUUGAGCCAUUUUAAGUUGUUGAAGAAGCUAGGCUGUGGUGAUAUUGGCAGCGUGUAUCUUUCAGAAUUAAGUGGAACAAAGAGCUAUUUUGCAAUGAAGGUCAUGGACAAGGCAUCGCUUGCAAGUCGUAAAAAGUUACUUCGAUCCCAGACUGAGAAGGACAUCUUGCAGUGCCUGGACCACCCCUUUCUUCCUACAUUGUAUACCCACUUUGAGACUGAUAAAUUUUCAUGCCUGGUUAUGGAGUUUUGCCCUGGGGGAGACAUGCAUACCCUUCGGCAAAGGCAGCGUGGCAAGUAUUUUCCAGAACAAGCUGUCAAAUUCUAUGUAGCUGAAAUUCUCCUCGCGUUGGAGUACUUGCACAUGCUUGGUAUCAUAUAUCGUGAUCUCAAGCCGGAAAAUAUCCUUAUCCGAGAGGAUGGACACAUCAUGCUUACGGAUUUCGACCUCUCCCUUCGCUGCGCAGUGAGCCCAACGCUGAUCAGGUCAACAAACCCUGAUGCAGAAUCACUUAGGAAGACCAACCAAGCUCACUGUGCUCAACAAGCUUGUGCUGAACCAUCCUGCAUGAUGCAGCCAUCAUGUACAGCUCCCACGACAUGCUUUGGACCACGACUCUUCUCUAAGUCAAAGAAAGAUCAAAAACCAAAGCCUGAAGUUGUCAACCAGGUCCGCCCAUGGCCUGAGCUUAUAGCAGAACCUAGUGAUGCAAGAUCAAUGUCAUUUGUUGGUACACAUGAGUACUUGGCACCUGAGAUUAUCAAAGGUCACGGUCAUGGUAGUGCUGUUGACUGGUGGACCUUUGGUAUAUUCUUAUAUGAGCUUCUCUUUGGAAAAACACCAUUCAAAGGCUCAGGCAACCGAGCCACACUGUUCAAUGUCAUUGGUCAGCCGUUGCGUUUCCCUGAGUACCCAGUUGUGAGCUUCCCAGCCAGGGAUCUAAUAAGGGGUCUUCUUGCCAAGGAACCCCAACAACGAUUGGGUUAUAAGCGUGGUGCUACAGAGAUAAAACAACACCCAUUUUUUGAGGGAGUGAAUUGGGCAUUGAUACGCUGUGCAAGCCCUCCAGAGGUACCUAGGCCUUUUGAGAUUGGGAGGCCCCCAAAGCAGCCAGCGUUGACCUCAGAGACUGCUGCUUCUACUGGUGCUGCCCAGAAAGGUUCUGAUAACUAUUUAGAGUUUGGAUUCUUUUAGAAGAAUAGGACGACUUUUCUUUUGUUUGCAGCAAUUGGAUAAAGUAGGAUUCUUGCAUCUGUGUGUUUGCAGAUGAAUGGUGGGUAGAGUUUUUGUCCCUGUGAAAUUGUUUCUUGGCUUUCAAAGUGAAUGAUUAAUGUUCAGAUUUCUGUUCCUCAACAACUCCUGUAGUGCAGCGUAAAUUCCAGUUUUA